AUGACAUUUGGAAAUUAUGUUUUAUUUAAUUUACUUGUUGCUAUUCUUGUUGAAGGAUUUUCUACAGAAAAAAUGGGUAAUAAUUUUGAUAUUGGAAAAGUAAAAAUAAUGAGUAUACUAAAAAAAAUUGCAAUAAGUAAUAAAAAUGAUUCAAGCUUACGUGUUGUUGAAAAUCAAUUAAAUAAAAGUUCAAAUUCAAAUUCAAAUAAUUCAUCACCAUAUAAAUCAAUAAUUAAAAUUCGUUCAUCUCAACUUCAAUCAUUAUCAUCAUCAACAACACAAAGUUUUCAUACAUCUCUUAAUUGUAUAAUACUUGCUAUGGAACAUCCAUCGAUUUCAAAAACAAGUCCUGAACGACAAUUUUUAAAUUUCACAAAUAUAAUAUUUACAAUAGAAAUGCCGGCAAAAGUAAUAGCAAGUGAACUUAUAUUUGGAUUGCAUGCCUAUUUACUUAUUAGUCGAGUACCUGGUCUUAAACUUGUUGUACAAACAUUACUUUCAUCAUUACGACUAAUUGGUUAUAUUGUUGUUAUAUGUUGAAAAUUUUAUUAUUGUGAAGGUCUAUUUACUCGUAAUAUAACAACACGACAACAAUGUGAAUCAUUGUCUGAUUAUUGUUGGAAAAAUCAACAAUAUAAUUUUGAUAAUUUAGUUCAAAUACAGUUAUUCAAGCUCUUCCACAAGUUGGAAAUUUGGGUCUUUUAUUUAUUUUUUCUUCUUUUCCUCAUAUUUACUGCACUUGGUGUUGAAUUAUUUGGAAAAUUAGAAUGUAGUGAAGAACGUUCAUGUACUGAACUUGAUAAACAUGCACAAUUUAAGGAUUUUGGUAUGGCUCUUUUAACAUUAUUUCGUAUUGCAACUGAUGAUAAUUGGAAAGGAAUAAUGAAAGAUGCGUUACGUCAAGAUGAUUCUCCACAUGGUGGAAAAUAUCAUUUAAUGACAGUAUUAGCACCGAUUUAUUUUGUUAUAUUUGUUCCUGUUAAUGUUGUUGCUGCUAUUUUAAUGAAGAAACUUGAUGAAUCAAAUCAAAUAAUGUCUGAUGAUACUGAAAUAGAUGAAGAAAUUGAAUGA